AUGGCAGGGGCAGUGUCCUCUCAUUACCUUUUGAUCCUCAGACAUUGGUUGAAGUGUUUGGGCUUUAACCAAUCAGUGCCCUCUUCUCUGCCCCCUGUAGGGAGAGGCCCCGCCCCCUGGUCUCCUAGCCCCGCCCCCACAUGGCCCUUGAGAUUUUCUUGUCUGGGACGAAACGCACUCCCCGUGGGUCAGAAGAGCCCACUCCCCGUGGGUCAGAAGAGGCCGCUCCCCGUGGGUCAGAAGAGCCCACUCCCCGUGGGUCAGAAGAGCCCGGUCCCCGUGGGUCAGAAGAGGCCGCUCCCCGUGGGUCAGAAGAGCCCACUCCCCGUGGGUCAGAAGAGCCCGGUCCCCGUGGGUCAGAAGAGCCCGCUCCCCGUGGGUCAGAAGAGCCCACUCCCCGUGGGUCAGAAGAGCCCGGUCCCCGUGGUUUCUCUGAAAGAAGAACCUCUGAGUCGCUCCUGGAUCCACAGCAGCGGAGUCCUGGACGCCAACACCGCAGCUCAGAGUGGGGUGGCGCUAGCGCGUGCUCAUUUUGAGAAGCAGCCUCCAUCGAACCUGAGGAAGUCCAACUUCUUUCACUUUGUUUUGGCGCUUUACGAUCGUCAGGGGCAACCAGUGGAGAUUGAGAGGACGGCCUACUGCGACUUCAUUGAGAAAGACAAGGAAGUCACCGGAGAAAAAACCAACAAUGGUAUUCACUACAGACUUCAGCUGCUCUACAGCAACGGUGUGCGCACGGAGCAAGACCUGUUUGUGCGACUCAUUGACUCCAUGACCAAACAGCCAAUCAUCUACGAGGGUCAAGACAAGAACCCAGAAAUGUGCAGAGUUCUCCUUACUCAUGAGAUCAUGUGCAGUCGAUGUUGUGACAAAAAGAGCUGUGGGAACAGAAACGAGACGCCGUCCGACCCAGUGAUCAUCGACAGGUUCUUUCUGAAGUUCUUCCUGAAGUGUAACCAGAACUGUCUGAAGAACGCGGGGAACCCACGAGACAUGAGGAGGUUCCAGGUCGUUGUGUCGACCACAGUAAAUGUGGAUGGACAUGUUCUGUCUGUGAGCGACAACAUGUUUGUGCACAACAACUCCAAACAUGGCCGCCGCGCCAGGAGAAUGGACCCCAGUGAGGCUGCCACUCCGUGCAUCAAAGCCAUCAGUCCCAGUGAGGGCUGGACCACAGGGGGCGCCACAGUCAUCCUGAUUGGGGACCACUUCUUUGAUGGUCUUCAGGUGGUGUUUGGGACCAUGCUGGUGUGGAGUGAGCUGAUCACGCCUCACGCUAUCCGAGUCCAGACUCCUCCCAGACACAUCCCUGGCGUGGUGGAGGUCACACUUUCAUACAAGAGCAAACACUUCUGCAAGGGAGCUCCAGGCCGCUUUGUCUAUACAGCCCUGAAUGAACCGACUAUUGACUAUGGUUUCCAGAGACUGCAGAAGGUGAUCCCCCGACACCCAGGGGACCCCGAGAGGCUGCCCAAGGAGGUGCUGUUAAAGAGAGCGGCUGAUCUGGUGGAGGCACUUUACGGGAUGCCCCACAACAACCAGGAGAUGAUCCUGAAGCGGGCGGCGGACAUGGCAGAGGCGCUGUACUCUGUUCCCCGGAAUCACCCCCAGAUGGCGCCGCACGGCAUGAUGGGAGUUCAGCCAUUCAGCGGGCAGCUGCCAGUAACCGACGGCAACCAGGGGACGUAUGGACGCAGCUCCAGCAGUACCUCUCCUCGUGGUUACGCUCCGACAUCGACUCAAAACUCAAACUACAACAACAAUGGAUACAACAGCAACAUGAACCUGAGCAGUGGCUCUACAUCGGGCUUUCCCGGGAGCCCCUCCCCCUAUGCAAUGGUCCCGUCCAGUCCGCCGAUGACCGUAUCAAAUUGUGGCUCGUCCCAUGGUGUGUUCUCGUUCUCUGUGAAGCAGAAAAGCGCAUUCGCUCCGGUUGUCAGGGCGACUGUCUCGCCGCCGCCCCAGGGUUGUCAAGGCAACACUCAGGCCGGCGCUGCCAUGCAAGCCAUGAUGUGA